CUUAAAUUGGUCCCAAGUGGCACCAACGGACGUGCACCUGCGACUCCUUCCUCCGUUCUCAAAAGUUACUCUUCCUCUGAACCAGAAGGAUCAUUCAGCAUGUCUCUGUCAGCCGCCGCGAGCCAGCCCAAGGACCAGCCGAAAUCCAAGGAAAAGACAAAGGCAAAGAAGAGAUAUCUGAAAGCGAAGAAAGAGCGACGCAAAAAUCGCAAGGCACUGUCCGGCUCAGGUCGUGCGCACGAUCAUCGCGCGUCUGACCAGCGUAAUUCAGAUGCAGAAGGCGACGACGAUGAUCAUGUACUAGAGAGAGAAGAUGAUGAGCAGCCGGAAGAGCCGUCUGUGGUAGAGAAAUCACGGAAGGGGGAUGACGAACGGCCGCGGAAACGGAGAAAACUCAACAAGCAUCGAGAGCAGGCUGUUCCUUCAUCACCGGAACCCUCCAAAACGAACACAAUUCCGAAGGACACUGACAAAGAUGAUGAGGCCAUGCCGGAAGAAGCAUCCACUUCCUCUGCAGCUCAUCGGUCGCCGACGCCUCCUGUCGCGCUCCCGGCAUUCCCUCUACCCAGGCGUCCAAACGCGCCAUCGAAAAGGACUUUAGCACUACAAGGGCUGGACAAAGCUCUCGUCGAGGCUGAGAUCGUCGACCCCGCCACCCUGCAAGAGCUCCUUUCUACAGCUGACGCGGAUGGUGGCACGAGACUUGGCGAGAAGACGCGGAAGAGGUUGAAGGAGCUGGGCAUCACUGAGUUGUUUGCCGUACAGACGGCCGUUGUCCCAUUCUUGCUCUCGUCUGAGAAAACGAGACAUCUGUACUUGCCGUACGAUCCCCCCAGGGACUUGUGUGUUUCAGCACCCACGGGAAGUGGAAAGACGCUUGCAUACGUUUUGCCUAUCGUCGAGGUUCUGUCCGCGAGAAUCGUCACCCGACUACGAGCACUUAUCGUGCUGCCCACGCGUGACUUGGUCACACAAGUGCGGGAGACGUUCGAGGCUAUUGCCAAAGGCCGAGGGCUAAAGAUCGGCACCGCGACAGGCCAACACUCAUUUGCACAUGAACAAGGUCAACUUAUUGCAGACAGGUCUACACACCUACAAGGUGGUUCUAGCAAAAUAGACAUCCUCAUCUGCACGCCUGGGCGACUAAUGGACCAUCUUAAUGGAACACCGAACUUCUCUUUGCAGCAUCUGCGAUUCCUUGUGAUCGAUGAAGCUGACCGGCUGCUAGCCCAAUCCUUCCAAGACUGGCUUGCCCAGGUCCUUGCCGCAACCCAACCUCCACCACUACCAGCACCUUCACCAAGCCCUAACCCGCCCGACCUUUCUCUCCUCGCUUCCCCAUCUCUGAGCAGCACGGAUCCCUCCUCUUUCCCACUCCCCCGUGCAGAUGCACUCGCUCCGGCAUUCCUCCAUCUCCUCGACGGAGUCCCGUACGUGCGGACGGACGUUGACGAGCGACGCGAGUCGUCCUGUCAAAAACUGCUCUUCAGCGCGACGCUCACGCGUGACCCGGCGAAGAUCGCUGCGCUGGGGUUGCGUGAGCCCAAGUAUUUCAUCGUGCAGGGGAGGAAGGGCGAAGGCGAGGAAGAGGAAGAGGAGGCCGGUGUGCUGGAUACAGUGAUGGAGAAGUUCAGUAUGCCUGCGACGUUGACGGAACACAUGCUCGUGUGCGAGUCGUCAGAGAAGCCGCUCAUGCUUUUCCAUCUUGUGCAUAUGCGCGGUGUCACAAACGCGCUCGUGUUCACCAAAUCGGCAGAGUCUACGGCGCGGCUUGUAAAACUCUUCGAGUUCUUCGAAACCACUUUGGGACAAGAUAGGACACGUCAAAAAGAGGGCCAGAUCAUUGCGCGCGCAUAUAGCAGCGAUCUCAGUCCGGGCGAGCGUAAGACGAUCCUGGAGAAGUUCAAAGCGCAGGAGAUCCACAUACUGGUCUGCUCGGAUCUCAUCUCGCGUGGAAUUGACAUUAGCCACGUCUCGCACGUCGUGAGCUACGAUGCACCGGUGGAUAUGCGGAAGUACGUGCAUCGUGUGGGGCGGACGGCGCGUGCCGGGCGUGCGGGCGAUGCUUGGACGUUGGUGGAGGAACAGGAGGCACGGUACUUCAAGUUGAUGCUCAAAGAGUCGGACCAUCUGGAGAAGGUCAAGAGGUUGCGAGUGAAUGAGAAGGACGUUGCCCCGUUGCAACCUGCAUAUGAGAGCGCACUUGGACAGCUGAAGGACGCGUACGCUCGUAAUCCCAUCUGAGGCGUUGCUGUACGCCUUGGUUUCAUUUGCUGUCCGAGUGGAGGUUGUCUCGUUGGGAGGAAGUUAGAGCGGUACUGCCUCUGUUCACGUAAUCUGAUCGAUGCUGCAUAUAAUCGACGUAAUUCACUCUGUGUUAAAGGUGUCAUUGUGGAGAACCCGUUGCUGCAUGGUCUGAAUCCAUUCAUGGCUCUCUGUUAGCUGCAUGUAUACAAGGCGUCUCCUGCCUUCGAAUGGAGUUUUGGUUUUCCC